AUGGAAUCUAAGUCCAAGCUGCACACGUUGAUAAUGAAAACGACAGCAGGUAAAGAUCUAUCAGAGUACCACUUGAGUUUGCUGAAAAAGCGUAACAUUACCACUCCGCUCGAAUUUAUGACCGCCAAUAACUUGAACAAGCUCUUGGCCAUUAACGUUGAGGAUAUUGUGAACAUAAAACGUGAGCUACAACCUUUAUUGGUUAGUAGUGCCAAGCUGAAUGAACUUUACCAGCCUGAACCUUUUAAUUAUUCUACCGGUAUAAAGGAAUUGGAUGCUUUGCUGGAUCGGAUUGGACAGCCGCUACGUCCUGGACGUGUGUGGGAGCUGUGUGGCGAAACAGACGUUGGCAAAACGGAACUGCUAUAUACAUUGGCUGUAAACUUUGUCAGCCAAUAUAAAGAAAGCAAUCAACAGGUUCUCUUUAUAGACAACAAGCACAGCUUUAGCAGUCGACGGUUUAAUCAGAUAUUACUAGAACGUAAACUGGACACAGCGACCAUCAAUAAAUGCUUAAGUGUCAUACAUGUGGCAGAAGUUACUACUGCAAAGAACUUCAUUGAAACAUUAGAAGGGAUGCUGGAGACUUGCUUCACCUACGCUGACAAUAAUGAUAUUAUGGCAAAUAUUAAGCUUGUAAUUGUUGAUUCCGUGACGGCUUCCUUUAUGUUCAUGUGCAGCAACUUUGGCCGCAAUCAAGGACGUUACUUCUUAACCGAACUGGCGAUGCUUGUGCGGAAAUUGGCUUCUAAAUAUGGCAUAGCCUUUGUUUUGGGAAAUUUAACAAUGUCAUGUGAAGAUGACAGUGAUGAGGACGGUACAGAAGCUACCGACGAGUUGCAGUUCCAAACCGGUUCUAUGUUGGGAGCCUAUUGGUCUUCGGUGAGUACGCUGACACUAGCACUGGAACUGCCAGAGGGGAAUAAUAGUGACGGGCUGCGGCAGGUGAAUGUCUUGAAGAACUGUUAUGGCAUCAGCACAGGCAGCUGCGUGCUACGGAUUACAGAUGCUGGCGUCAUUUAAGCCUAGUUGGGCGGGUGGCG